GCUCCCCCAGCUGCACGAAGCACGAGCACCUCGGGGGCAGGAGCUUCCACCGCCGCCUCCUGCCCAGCCCAAGGCCAAGGGGAGAUGACCCCAGGCCCUGCUGCUACAGGGCAGGAGGCAGGUGAGUGGCUGUGAGGGGUUGGCAGAGCCAUGCCCCGUGCCUGCUCCCGGCCCCCGUCUGCCCCUCCCCACUACAGACCUCCGGACGCUCGGUCCCGGCAGCGCGCUCGGGGCUGGUCCCCAGCACUCGUUCUGUGCCCCAGGCUCGGCGCACGGCGGCUGCUCCAGGGCUGUGCUGAGAUUUGGGCACUGAAGCCUUCAGCCUGCCUGGGGGACAGCGGGGCUUUCUGCAAAGGUCACCAAGUCGAGUGCCUGCAGGCUGGUCCGGCAGGGUCCUACGUGCAGCGCUGUGCACGUUCACUCGGUGCAGGGGCUGCCCCAAGCAGCAAGGCCAGGAGGAGCUGAUGGGGCUAGACCUCCCAGAGGUAGUGUCCAGGGGGCUUUUGGGCUGGCAACUGGGACCACAUUUCCAUAUGCCUGGGCCAGUACUGGCGUGUUUGGCUGGAAUUUAACCCAGUCAGAUCCACAGAGGCUAAGUGAAUAAAUCCUGCAAGUGCUAGUCACCCAAGCUGGGCAGGGACUGGUGUUCGGCACAGGUUAGAGUCAAACCUGUCGAGGAAGGAGGCCCUGUCUCCUCUGCUGAUUGCACAUGACCCAGCCCAGCCCUUGCCGUGGAGCUGAACUGGAGCUGAGCUGCAAAGGUGACUGGUGCCACCUCUGAGCUGGUGACUGCAUCCAAAUAUUCGCUGACCACAACACUUGCCCAUGCUGCUGUGAAAGGUCCCGGGAAGGGGAACGUGUGAGCACCAGUGAGACCCUGCCCGCUCCCAGCCGGGGCCUGCCCAUACCACUGGCAUACAGAAGAGCCGGGCAGAUGGGUGCUGAGUGAUUUGUGCCGCGGGGCCCACUACAAGCCAAGAGGAGACCCCUUCCUUCCUUUCUUGCAGAACCUGCAGCAAGUGGAGGAUUGCCAGACCUACGUAUCUGAGACGAUGCUGAUCAUCCCCAAAAGCCGAGUCCACGAAAUCCCCACUGACAGACAGACGACCAGAACAGGUGCUCGAACUGCAGAGCUGACUACCAGCGCUUUAAGCACCUGGCAAUGAAUAGGGAGGAGAGCGAGGCGAAGACAGCAGCCCGCAAAGCUGAGAAGGAUGCCAAAGUUGAGAGGAGGCCCUCAAAGCUGAAAUGGCCAAUGUGGCCCACUCCAAGAGGGCUGCACAGAUGCUGCUUCUGCCACAGCCGGACAAGCAGAGCAACCAGGAGAAAGAGGUGCAGGAACAAAUCAAUCCCCCAAGUGCACCUGGAGCAGGAGGACAAGAUAAAGGACAUGGAGAAGGCGCGGGAAGCAGAGUUGGAGGCGCAGGAGAAGGCCAAUCACAAGAAGGAGCUGGAGACGGCUCGCCUGAGAGCUGUGCAGGAGAGAGCCCAGGACCUCCAGGCUGAGAAGGACCCGGACCGGGCCAAGUGGCACCAGGAGGCCAAGGAGCGAGAGUGGCGGCAAAGGGAGAAGGCCAUGCUGAACAAACUGAAGACCUAGGCCGAGCUGCAGCAGAGCCGCCUGGUCCAGAUGGCCCGCAAAGAGCACGAGCAGAUGAUUCAAACCAAGCGGGACCGCAGCUAUUAUGAUCAGGUCCUCAGACCCACCGGUCUGCCCGAGAGGUACUGCGUAGGUGUGGAGUACAAGGCCUUGAAGCCAGGCCCCAAGCGCUGAGGGUGUCCAUUCGCUGCCCAGCCUGCCCCAGGGGGCUUGCAGGGGGUUGCAUGUGGCCUCCCCCCGGCCUAGACUGUAAAUAGUUUUAGGUUUAGACAUAGUAAAUAAAGCUGUUA